CAAGCUCCAGUAAAGCAAAAGAAGAGGAAACAUUGAUUAGAAACGAAAACGUCAAGAAAAUACUUAAUAUUACGGGAUUAGAAGUGGGAUUUGUCAAGCUUUCCAAUUUAAUAAAUGGUUAUGUAAUAUUACGAUACAAUGAAGGGUUGGAGGUUGUUACGCGGAAGGUCGUCCUGGCAGCCUCAUCCCGGUUAAGAGGUAUUGGUACCUCUGUUAACACGACAUCCGUGACAUUGGUUAAGGCUGAAAGACCAGAUCAUCUGACUGGGACGUCGACGUCACCUGUGACGGUGACUACUGGAACAAUUGUUACUGAAAGUAAUCUCUUUACCGGUAUUGCUAAUAACAAUAAAAUAACUAGAUCGGACGAUUGGCUAACGACGAACAGUCCGGAAUCGCCGCAGAAUUCCUUACCGAGUCAGAAUGUGGUUUAUUCUACUUCCCAACAGCAAUUAUCGGAACAGCAAUCUUCAAUGGCCCACUCCAGUCCGCUCGCACAACAACAACAGCAAGUUAGCAAUAACGGAUAUGCCAGUCCCAUGAGCACCAGCAGUUACGAUCCAUAUAGUCCCAACGGUAAAAUAGGGCGAGAUGAACUAUCUCAGCCAGGUUCAAUAAACGGCUACGGAAACAAUUCUGGAGGAAGUGGUGGCGGAGGUGGCGGUAACAAUAGUGGUGGCAGCGGUGGCGGAGGGAGCGGGGUUGGAAGUGGAGAAGGACUUGAUGCGAAAAAAAGAAAAGGACCCACACCUCGACAACAAGAAGAAUUGUGCCUUGUAUGUGGCGAUCGUGCGUCUGGUUAUCAUUACAACGCUCUUACAUGCGAAGGCUGCAAGGGCUUUUUCAGACGAAGCAUCACUAGGAACGCUGUAUAUCAGUGCAAAUACGGCAAUGGUUGCGAGAUCGACAUGUAUAUGCGCCGCAAGUGCCAGGAAUGCAGACUAAAGAAGUGUUUAACGGUUGGCAUGAGGCCGGAAUGUGUUGUGCCCGAGUAUCAAUGUGCGGUAAAAAGAAAAGAGAAAAAAGCGCAGAAGGAAAAAGAUAAACCAAACAGUACGACAAUGAACGGUUCACCAGGCAGCGCUGGAAUGGGUGAUCAAAUGGGCGUCAAAAUCGAACCAGCGGAAGCCGAAUCAUUAUCCAUGUCUGGAAGUAGCGGCAUUCUUACUCCUAUCAGUCCUUAUACCUGUGUUAAGCCUGUUAGUCCUGAACAAGAAGAACUGAUAAAUAGGCUCGUGUCUUUUCAAUGUGAAUUCGAACAGCCGAGCGAAGAGGAUCUAAAAAGAAUUACUAAUCAACCAAUGGAAGGCGAAGAUCCGAGUGAUUAUAGUUUCAGACAUAUUACUGAAAUCACGAUUCUGACUGUUCAAUUAAUUGUCGAGUUUUCGAAGAGAUUACCCGGCUUCAACGAGCUGUUACGUGAAGAUCAAAUCACUCUUCUGAAGGCAUGCUCUAGUGAGGUGAUGAUGUUACGGAUGGCAAGAAAGUAUGAUGUGCAUACCGAUAGCAUCAUUUUUGCUAACAAUCAAUCAUAUACACGUGACAGUUAUAAUGUUGCCGGAAUGGGAGAAACCAUUGAGGAUCUUUUGCGAUUCUGUCGUCAAAUGUAUGCUAUGAGGGUUAAUAAUGCCGAAUAUGCUUUACUCACAGCUAUUGUCAUCUUUUCAGAAAGACCCAAUUUGGUGGAAAGCAGAAAAGUGGAGGAGCUUCAGGAAAUCUACUUGAAAACUUUGAAAGCAUAUGUGGAUAAUCGUCGUCGACCGAAGUCCGGUACGGUCUUCGCUAAACUUCUAUCAGUUCUAACUGAACUCAGAACCCUUGGUAAUCAAAACAGUGAAAUGUGCUUGAACCUGAAAUUUAAGAACAAGAAGCUGCCAGUUUUCCUCGCUGAAAUCUGGGACGUGAUGCCCUAG